AUGGCCAAACAAAAGAAGAAGGGCCAGUCCGGCCAAGCGAAGAACUAUAUCACUCGAACUCAAGCUGUGCGCAAACUGCAGAUAUCCCUCCCCGAUUUUCGACGGCUCUGCAUUUUCAAGGGCAUCUACCCUCGCGAACCUCGAAAUAUCAAGAAAGCAAGCAAAUCCGCCACUCACUCGACUACCUUCUACUACACCAAAGACAUUCAAUACCUCCUCCACGAACCCUUACUAGCCAAGUUUCGUGAACAAAAGGCCCUUGAGAAGAAAAUUGCCAGGUCGCUAGGUCGCAAUGAAGUGCAAGAUGCUGUUCGGCUGGAGAAGCAUGGCAUGCCCAAAAUAAAAUUGGAUCAUAUCGUGCGAGAACGGUACCCCACAUUUGUUGAUGCCCUACGAGACCUCGACGAUGCGCUGUCUUUGCUGUCUCUGUUCGCAAACCUACCGUCGACCACCGAAGUACCUGCCAAAGUCAUUUCGCGCUGUCAACGCCUCUGCCACGAGUUUGAACAUUACUUGAUCGCCACCAAUUCCUUACGGAAGUCCUUCUUGUCCAUAAAGGGCAUCUACUACCAAGCAACAAUCCAGGGUCAGGACAUAAUGUGGUUGGUGCCGUACAAAUUUGUGCAGCGGGUGACACAAGAUGUGGAUUACAGGAUUAUGGGCACCUUUGUGGAAUUCUACUGCACACUUCUGGGCUUCGUCAACUACAGGCUUUACACUUCCAUCGGCCUCGUCUACCCACCCAAAUUCGACGUGGUGUCCGACGAGCGAGGAGCAGAGCUAGCUGCGUUCACCCUAGAGGGCCGUGGGAUUGGUGGAGGAGUUGACCAACAAGAUGAGCAGAAAACUUUGACCAAUGGUCAUGCACAAAAUGGGAACACAGAGGCGAUCCAGGCCCAAAUAGACAAGAUUGCCCAAGAAACUCCGGCUCAAGAAGAUGUCAAGCAGGAUGAGCCAGCCGAGGAGCAAGCGCACACUGACGCCAUUGACACUUUUACUCCCGCUGCACCAGAAGGUGAUAUCCUACCGCAGCCUGACCUGACCGGCGAUGAAGCAGCGCACUUGUUCGCGGAUUUCACAUUUUUCAUUUCCCGGGAAGCCCCUCGCCACUCCAUCGAGUUCUUACUGAGAGCGUUUGGCUGCAAACGAGUGGGAUGGGAUGCUGUACUAGGCGAAGGUGCAUUUACUCAUGAUGAAAAAGACCCCAGGAUCACACAUCAAAUUGUGGAUAGGCCUGCCCCGUCGCAACCACUUCCCUCGAUGCAGGGCCAAGAAGGUCCGAAAGAUCAGAGCCUGCAGGCCGUCAAACCGGGGUAUAUCAUGCCUGGCAGAAUCUAUAUCCAACCACAAUGGAUUUGGGAUUGUGUAAACGAGGGCAAGUUACUGCGGACUGAUCUAUAUGCCCCCGGAGAGACGCUCCCUCCUCACUUGAGCCCAUGGGUCAAGCCUGUUAGCGGCCAAUAUGAUCCAAGGGCGACGUUAGAAGAGCAGGAGCUCGAAGGCGAGGCUGACGCAGCCGCUAUUGUGGAGAGUGAAGAUGAGGAAGUACAAGAAGAGACGACACAACAUACUGUCCAGGAACAAGAAACAGACGGAGAGGACGACGAUAAUGACGAAGACGAUGAAAUAGAUGCACAUGGCAUGGAUGUAGCGCCCUCAGAUGACGAAUCAGAAGAGCAAGAUGAAGAUGAGGCAGACACUUUUGGCGGCUUCGACGAUGCUGUCUCAGAGGAGUCUGAACUAGACGAGGACGCUCAACACCAGAAAGAACUUGAAGCAGAAGCAGCCGGGCGACCUGUCAAGUCGAGUUCGAAUGGAGCAGAUCAAAAGGUCAAGGCCCUCAAAGCCCGGCAGACGGAACGAUCUCGAAAAGAGGAGGAGAUUGAACGUCAAAAGAUGAUGAUGAGUAACAAGAAGCGCAAGCUGUACGAGAAGAUGCAAUACUCCAACAGCAAACGGGAUGAGGAGGCCGAGAAAUUGCGAAGGAAGCGGAGGAAGCUCGAAAAGGCUGGGAAAAGAUGA